AUGGACAUGAACCACCCAGGGCCCCCAGGGCCUUUCAGAACCGUGUCUACCACGUCCAAUCUCUCGUUGAACUCGUCAACCACUAGUAUCACCAGAGUGGCGCUGGGACCCCUCCUGGCAAUCAAUGCCAACUUCAACAAACAGCUGUCAGCGCAGGACCACUUGCACUACCAAUGCCUGGCGCUCAAACACAAAUUGAUGGCCAUUGACGGCAUGGAACCGUUUAUGAAUACCGCGUUCAACGCUGCUGAGCAGUGUGCCGAGCAGCAGGCGUUGGCGCUUUCACAGCAGAUGCAGCAGGACACCUCGCGGUCUGCAAGUGAUUAUCGAGCUUCCGUGGGGUCCACAGGCUUCUCAAUCCACUCCGACACCUCUUCGUCCUCCAACUUGACCACGCUCACCAACGGAACCACCCCCAACAAAGCGUUAAUCAACAACAAUAUCUUCACAUUCACGGCAGGAGUGCUCCCAGCCAACUUGAGCGUGGAUCCUGCCACCCAGUUGUGGAAGUUGUUCCAGCAGGGUGCCCCCCUCUGCUUGAUCUUCAACUCGAUUGUGCCCGAGUACCAGAUCUCUAUCAUCGGCAGCGACGACUUGCGCAUCUGCAAAAAGUCUGUGUACGACUUCGUGAUCGCCGUCAAAACCCACUUGAACUUCGAGGAUGAGAUCAUGUUCACCAUUUCAAACGUGUUCCUGGACAGUACCCAGGACUUGCUCAAGAUCAUCAAGGUGGUCAAUAAGUUGUUAGGGUUGAAGGAGGCUAAAACCUUCGAGUUGGAUGCAACCUUGGUCAAUUCUAUGGCGGAAAUCACCAUCUCGGACGACAGAUCCAAGGUGUUCAAAGAAAUUAUCGAAACAGAAAGAAAGUACGUCCAGGACUUGGAAAUCUUGGCUGCCUAUCGAAACGAAUUGUCCAGUGCCGAACUUAUCUCCAGCGAACAGAUCCAUGUCUUGUUCCCAAACUUGAACGAGAUCAUCGAUUUCCAAAGAAGAUUUCUCAAUGGUUUAGAAUGCAACAUCCACGUCCCCAACAAGUAUCAAAGAAUCGGAAGUAUAUUUAUUCAUGCUUCUACUGGUCCAUUCAAGGCUUAUGAGCCAUGGACCAUCGGACAGUUGGCUGCCAUAGAUUUGAUCAACAAAGAGGCCGCUAACCUCAAGAAGUCCUCAUCCUUGUUAGAUCCAGGAUUCGAGCUCCAAUCAUACAUCAUCAAACCUAUCCAAAGAUUAUGCAAGUAUCCAUUGUUGUUGAAGGAAUUAUUGAAGACUUCUCCAGAAGCAUUGGAUCAGAGCAUUCCCCCUUCUGCAUCUUACAACGAAUUGAUUAUCGCAAAUGGUGCCAUGAAGGAAAUGGCCAACCAAGUUAACGAAGCCCAAAGAAGAGCAGAGAAUGUUGAAUACUUACAAAAGUUAAUAGACAGAGUUGGAAACUGGAGGGGCUUUAACCUUAAGGACCAAGGUGAAUUGUUAUAUCAUGGGCUUGUUGGAGUCAGAGAUAUGGAUAAUGAAAGAGAGUAUGUGGCAUAUUUAUUUGAAAGAAUUGUGUUUUUCUUUGUGGAAACCGAAAAGCCAUCAGAAAAGGAGAAGGAGACCAAGAAGAAGAGAGAAUUGCUUUCAAGCAGAAAAAAAUCAUCAGCAUCAGUUACAUCAAGCUCAACAGCUAAUUUGUUAGAAUCAUUAAACAAAGCCAAGAGUGAUAAACUUUCACCUUUGGAAUUAAAGGGCAGAGUGUACAUACUGGAGAUCUACAACAUAUCCUCCAGUAACAAUAACGGCUACACAUUGGUGAUCUCGUGGUCUGGCAAGAAAGAAAGUGGCUCCUUCUCAUUGAGAUAUAGAACAGAAGAAUCCAGAAACCAAUGGGAGAAUUGUUUGAGGGGCUUGAAGACUAGUGAAAUGAAUAAUCAGAUUCACAAAAAACUCAGAGACUCACACGGGUCGCAACUGACUAAUGACUCUUCGUUAUACGAUGUGACAGCUGCAUACUCAAACUACUCACCCACUGCCCCACAUAAUGCUACACCUGCCGGAGGAAGUAAUGAUAGUAUCUCAUUAAGGUCAUCAAACGGAUCGUCAUACCACCGCCACCACUCAUCCUCUUCCACAUUCAGUAUGAUGCGGCAACAAAGAGGUAAAUCAGGAGGAACUGAGCCUUCUUCAANAAUUUCAUCCAACGGUGGAUUUACAAGCUCCACACCUGGAACAACACCAACCGAAGUCUUCGCCAAUGACAUCAAGAUUAAAUUGGUGUACAACUCUGCAGAAUUGACCCCAUUACUCCAAGUAUCGACCAAUAUCCUGUUCUCCGAGUUGUAUCUGAGAAUAUCAUCACAUAUCGUUUCUAGUGGAAAAGUUUCUGAAGACAUUGUGGUGAACAAGUUGAAGUACAAGGAUGAGGAUGGCGACUUUGUGGUGAUGGAUUCGAACGACGAUUGGGUAUUGGCAGUAGAUAUGUUGGACGAACUUAGUGAUGUGGACGAUAAUGACGGUAACGACGCUAAACGUGAUUUGACCAUUUGGGUAUCCUGA